GAGGAGGAAGAGGAGAGGAGCAGCACGGUUACAGCAGGCUGUUGCAGUGAAGCAGCAUCAUGGAGGCUGGGUGCGUGGUUGCCGCGGUGAUUGAAAAUGCUGCUUCAGGACCCCGGGGGGAACCAGGAAGUGGUGACGUCCUUGAAGGAGACGCGCUGCCGUCGACUGACCUCGACAAAGACGGCAUCUCACCUCAACCCACCAGUGAUAAUAAUCCUUCAGAAAAGAGACAACAAGAGGAGACACACACUGCCAUGGCGAGGAGUGAUGACAUCAUCACCGAGCAUCCUGCCGAGCCCCUCCUGCGCUCCUGCGUCAGCACGGCCAGCAUGAAGGUCAAGAACAUGAAGAAGCUGACGUUCCCCAGAGGACACUUUCCCAGGCUGGAGGAGUGUGCACACUUCCACUAUGAGACUGUUGACUUUGGCAACGUUCAGUUAGCCUUCGCAGACGGACAGAGUGAAGGACCAAAGGCCGGUCUGGACUCCAAAGAGCUGCUCUUCCUGAUUCAGAUCACCUGCCAGGGUCGGAACUGGCUGGUGAAGAGAUCCUACGAAGACUUUCGCGUGCUGGACAAACACCUUCAUCUGUGCAUCUACGACCGCCGUUACUCCCAACUCGCCGAGCUGCUGCGAUACGAAACGUUCAAGGACGCCGCGGAGGUGCCGCGGAGCUUCUCGGUGACAAAGAUGUUGGCCACGUAUCUGUCCCGCUUCUCUGUCAUCGCCGACAACAAGAUCAACUGUGGUCCAGUGUUGACGUGGAUGGAGAUCGACAACAAAGGGAACCAUCUGCUCGUGACCGAGGAAGCUUCCAUCAACGUUCCCGCCAUCGCUGCCGCGCACGUCACCAAACGCUACACGGCCCAGGCCACAGACGAGCUGACCUUUGAGGUUGGGGACAUCGUGUCAGUGAUCGACAUGCCUCCUAAAGAAGACACAGGCUGGUGGAGAGGGAAACAUGGCUUUCAGGUCGGUUUCUUCCCCUGCGACUGUGUGGAGCUGAUAAAUGACAAGAUUCCCCCAAGUGUUCAAAGCUCAGUGCCAAAGCCAGUGUGUAAGAAACACGGGAAGCUGGUGACGUUCCUGAGGUCGUUCAUGAAGUCUCGGCCGCCGCCGCAGAAGCUGAGGCAGCGCGGGAUCCUCAGGGAGCGAGUGUUCGGCUGCGACUUAGGGGAACAUCUGCACAACUCAGGACACGAGGUCCCACAGGUGGUGAAGAGUUGUGCUGAAUUCAUAGAGAAGCUUGGAGUUGUGGAUGGAAUCUACAGAUUGUCUGGAAUCUCCUCCAACAUCCAGAAACUAAGGCACGAGUUUGACUCUGAGCAGAUCCCGGACCUGAGCAGAGACGUCUUCAGACAGGACAUCCACUCAGUGGGUUCUCUGUGUAAACUGUACUUCAGAGAGCUGCCCAACCCGCUGCUCACCUACCAGCUCUACGACAGAUUCUCAGAGGCCGUGUCCGCAGCCACAGACGAGGAGAGGCUGGUCAAAAUCCACAACGUCAUCCAGCAGCUGCCGCCACCACAUUACAGGACUCUGGAGUUCCUCAUGAGACACCUCUCACGUCUGGCCACUUUCAGCUCCAUCACGAGCAUGCACACCAAAAACCUGGCCAUCGUCUGGGCUCCGAACCUCCUCAGGUCCAGACAGAUCGAGUCGGCCUGUUUCAGCGGCACGGCGGCGUUCAUGGAGGUGCGGAUCCAGUCGGUGGUGGUGGAGUUCAUCCUCAACAACACUGAGGCUCUGUUCAGUCCAAAACUCAACGCCAUCAUCAGAGAAAACACUGGUAACAACACCUUGUCCAGACCCAAGUCGCUGCUCAUCUGCUCCCCGUCUACCAAGCUGCUGUCGCUGGAGGAGGCUCAGGCUCGCACGCAGGCGCAGCUCGGCUCGCCGGCCACCACGCCGUGCCUCACCCACAGCGACUACAUUGAGGUCGGGGAGGGACCGGAGGCUCUGCUGGGCAAGUUCCACACCGUCAUCGAGCUCCCGAUGGAAAGCAGCAGCAGCAGCAGCAGCAGCAAGCGGCCUCCUGCUAAGGCUAAGAAGUCUCCCGUGGGGAACUGGUUGUCGUUUUUCCACCUGGGAAAGUCCCAUUCUUUGUCCAAGCGUAAACUGAAGCGACAUCCCAGCGAGCCUAACGAGAUAAAGAGCAUCGCACUGCCAGGUGGAAGAGGGGAUAGCGGCACACUGCGCUCUACCAAAAGUGAAGAAUCUCUCACCUCUCUGCACAACAUGGAAGGGGAACCGCCCAGUUACCGUCCCCUCAGACCUCGUUCCAUUAGCGAGGCCAUUUCUGCCAACGAUGACCUCCACAGAAGUGCCAAAAGUAAAAACGCCAGCAAAGCCCACGCGCCGAGCAAGAGCCUUCACGGUGCCGAUACCGGCCGCACUGCCGCUACGUCUACGUCACCUCCACACCAGGAGGACGAGCUCGACCUUUGUCCGCCAGCUGCCGGCAUCUCCACGCUGGACUUUGACCCCAUGUCCUUCCAGUGCAGUCCUCUCGCAGCCACUCCGGGUCUGAAACACAACCGAGACGGGAGCAAAUUAAGAAAGAGUGCCGGUUGUUCCAGUGAAUCGGAGCCAAUUUCUUCCCUGAACAACAACAACAUCAGCUGCUUUCAGUCUCCAGAGGGCAGCCCGGUGCUCGGUAAAGUUGGGAAGAAGGUUCCCACCAAGCAGCAGCAGCAGCAGCAGCAGCAGCUCUCUCCUAAACUCAGGAAGAAGUCGUUCAAGACGCAAGCGGAUGUUCAGGCCGCGUCCACGUUCUCGCCACCUUUACCCUCGUCUUGUCCCCCGGUGGGGAAAGGUGAUGCUCCGUUAGCAGAGGCAAAAGGGACGAGAGUUUCCUACCCACACUGCAGUCCAAUCAGCACAGCGAGCCAGGCGUCAGCCCUGACCGACCUCAGCCAGUCUGCACAGAACCUGCCAGAUCCAGGAACAGAUAGACUUAUGAGUUCAGUGUCUGUUCUCCUUCCUCACCCUCCCUCGAUGAGCGCCGCACGCAAGUUGGCCCUGGCUCUGGCGGAAUCCGCCCACAAGGCGACCAGCGGCUCCCAGAGACGCAACAACAACCUCCCACCGCACCCCAUCCACAGACACGAGGCCUGUCAUGUGCAGGAGAGGCCGCCGCGUCCCUCUGUUCUGGAUAUCAAAGCCUACCCCGAGGAGUACGGCAGCCCCCGCGUCUCUCCGUCUGUUCCUCAGUGGCAAACGUCGGCGCAUGGCCCUGUGGAGAGCCUUUUCUGCCCUCACCCUGUCCACAUCCCCCCCGCACACUUCUGCACAGCGCAGGUCACCGACGGACAGGAGAGCGCAGGUAAUUACACACCUAACGUCAGCCCGCUUGGAUCAGGGAGUCUGGAUGAAGGCAGAGAGGAAAGGCAGCUCAGAGAUGUCGUGCAGGGAGAACUCUCCUACCAGAGCGUCGGCGUUUCGACGCCCACUCAGCCAGUUUGCUUAGCUCACAGCCCGACAACUUCCCCCGUGUAUGUGAACACCGACUCUACCAAUGUCUUCAACUUCCGCGCAGUUCUGGCAGAGACGUCCAUGCCUUCCUCCGUCGGCGAGGUCCUUCCUCGGCCUCUGCCGCUCUCCUCAAACCACAACUACAGCCCAGACAAGGACAGACCUCUGGGUAUGGUUGAAGACUUCUACAGCAAUCAUCAUCAUCCUCAACAUUGGCCAGUUCAAGCAGGUCGAACGCCGACACCUCACUGCCCUCGGUUCGACGCUCUGCCGCGCCACCUUUCGGGGCCAAAGAGCAUGUACAGACACGCCUCUGAAAGCCACUACAACUCCUUAGGUUUGAGGCAACCCAUGUCGCCGCAGUACAUACGCUACCACAGAGACGAGCACCUCGUCAGCGGUGGCCACUGGCAACACGAGCAGUGGCAGGGGUCGGGGGGUCGUGCCGGGCAUCCGGCCAUCCGGAGGGCUCGCUCCUUCCACGCCCCGCAGAUCAGUCACUAUGAGCUGGCGGCGACGGAGGCGCUCCCUCCGGACACCGUGUUUUACAUCGAGCAGAAGCCGAGCAAAAAGGCUCCCUAUCAGCAGCUGAUUCACACCGGCGUUCACCCCGCAGUUCGGCUUCAGUUUGAGAACACCGACCCCCGCUACGGCGCCUACGCAGAGGUGGACCCGAUGGAAGCCACCCGCUAUUACGCAGAGCCCGGCUGGCAAAAAGCUAAACAACACAGUCAGGCCUCGUAUACCUCGCACAGCACGGCGGAUUACUACAACUACUCGCCACAGUGCGCCACUCCUGUGAACCGGGACACGAAUGUUUACGAAGCGAGGGACGCUGACGCUUUUGAAGGAGUCCUAUCAUAUCAAGCAGUCAAGCAGGAGAGCAAAUCCAGAUGUAAAAGCACGUAUCCUGCCACGUCUCCUUACGAGAGUCCCGAUUCACCGACGGACACGGGGAGCAGAGACAUAAUACACACGAGGAGCAAGUCCGACCCGGGAAACGCCUGCCUCCUCUCCACGGACGGCGCGGAAAGCAAAAACGUCGCCGUCGCUACGUCCCCGACGUCGCUGAUGCCGCAACAGGCGGACGCCGCGGGCAACAGGCAGCUAGGCGGCGCAGAACCAGGACCGCCGCGGCGUAUUCACAUAAAAGAAAGCUCCUCUCGACAGCCGCCACUGCGCAAAGUCCCCUCGUUACCGGAGAGGGACCGUUCCAAUCUCAAGAGCACGGAGCACAAAGACAGAAGCCAUACGCGCAGCCGCGACCACGGCGGAUUAACGACGACCAACGCAAUCAACAGCUACUCUGGCGUCGUGAGACCCAGCAUCCUCAGGAGACCCGGGCGGUCGCAAAGCACCAGAGAAAAUCGACACUACUACCAUUACCACGCCAAAUCCCCGCAGGACCCCGAACAUCUGGGCUCCUUUUCGUCUCAGCUCAACAGAAGGACUCAGAGCACUAAAGUCAGGCCCACGCAGUACGACCACGCGAAGGAGUAUUACGCCGCCGCGCCCAGACCCAAACCCACGAGAUCCGCCAAAGCCGCGGGCGGCGGAUUUUUACCUGGCCAGGGCUGCGUGUCGCCGCACGGGCACAGACUGCUGUCCAAGGUUCUGGGCCAAGAGGGUUUUGUGAGAUCAGAGGCCGGCCUCUACGAGGGAUUCUGACCACUGUUUUUAUUUUUUAUCCGACCUGGGGCCAAAGGAGAACAGCACUUUAUCCUCUGCCAGACCAACAGACUGUUGUGUUGAAAGUGUGUGUGUUUUUACCUUCAGGAGCUGCUAAAUUAAGUGUGAAAUGAGGCCAGUGCCGGGGGAACCGCAUGGUCGCCGCGAGUGGCCGAGUUUUGCAAAGGCUUUUGAAGAAGCUGAAAGGGAACAAAAGUUAUGCAGCUACAGAGGGGAUGUAACGACCCGAAAAUCUCACCAUAUCACAGCAGAAUAUGUGUUGCAAUAUUGUGAUUAGGGCUGCAAGGAUUAAUAAUCCAUCAAGUAUUUUGAUAAGGUCAAGAAAUCAUUCAAACUGAUUCAUUUUGGUUUGUGGACGAAAGCGUGACGUUUGAGAACGUCAUUUCAACGUCUGAGCAACGCAGAUUAACAUUUUAUGGUACUGAGAAGUACUGAGAAAUUAAUUAGUUAGUUGCAGCCCUAAUUGUGAUUGUAUCCAGGGUAUUUUUAAAGAAAAAACACUGCAGCCAGUGUCUGAUGUGAUGCUUAAUAUCAUAUACACUCGACCAAUUUUCCUUGAACAGUUCAUUAAAUACAAAUUGCUUUAAAUUCUUGACUAACAUGGACCCGCCCCUAAAAUAACUAGAUAUUUAAAGACAUGAAACAGGUUGAUAAAGUUUUCGUAAUUUGAAACCGUCGCCUUGUGUGGUUUCGCGACAACCACACGGAGCCAGAAAACAGCGUGUCCGAGUUUCACCGUUAGCUCGUCGUGCUUAAGUAUCACUGGAAGCGGCUUGCAUCCAUACGGAACUCCCGAAGUUAACGGUAAAAUGGUUGUCGUGAAACCGCGCGAGACGACGCUUUCUCCUCUGCUUUGGUUUGACGGUGAAGAGAAAAUGCUACGUUAUUUCUGCUUUUAACAUACGACAAGCGCUCCCAUCGCGUCACGAAAUAAACAAAAACGAUCCGCCGAUUGGCGCGUAGCCAUGCGGCAAAUCGCGUUCGACGCGAACGCAGCGUAACUCGUAGAUGGCAAAUAAAAUAGUAACAAAGAAAUGUGCCGACUCACUCGUUAGCUUAGCUGUGAGGCAGCAGAGGAGGGAUGUCGGAAUACGUACCGCGUAAUAAUUUGUCAAACUUGAUAUCCAAUUUGUCCAAUUUUCCUUCACUAAAAUGAAAGUUGUAACCUGGAAAACCCGCUCUACUUUGUUGUUUUACGCGACAUUGUGAUAUUGACACCGCCGUUACAUCCCUGGCAGAUAAAUUCCGACAAAUUCCAACACUACGUGAGGGUGUGACACUGUGUGAGAAAACGAUGGCUUAUAUACUGUACAUUUUAUUUUAAUGUCUAAAAAAAAAACAAAAAACAAAAACAAAGAGAUAACAAGCUACAGUUAAAUAUGAUUUUAGGAACAUCUCAUUCAUUUUAAAUGUAUUAUAUUUGUAUAAAUAACACACAGCUAACACGUGGCCAACGUACUGUACUGUACAUUUAUGUUUUAUAUUCCAGUCUAAGCUCAGACUCCAACAACAAGCACUUUUUUGAGGAGAAUCGUCUUAACGUGGUGUACAUGCAGCCUCUUGAUAUACAGUAUAUAUAUAUAUAUAUAUAUAUAUAUAUAUAUAUAUAUAUAUAUAUAUACAUAUAUAUAAUUUUUUUCUGUAAGAAACUGCUUGCGCUGAAUCAUCGUUAAAUACUAAAUUAGCACUUUUUUGUGGGCAGGGUAAACUGAACGAUAACCUCAUGGUUUCUUACUUUUCCUUUCCUUUCACACGCACAUCGUGUAAAUGCGCUCUUUAACGUGACGUGAAAAUGAGCGCCAUGAUUUCACCGUUGUCAAAGCUACUGUGGCAAAAAAAAACAAACAAAUAUGCUAGACUUUAAAAAUGCAAACCAGCUCAUUUUCAGCAAGGUGGAUUUAACAAAAUAAAAGAAAGUGUAUUUUGUACGGCAACAUGUUUUUUUUGAACUUUUUGAAUUUCCUCUUUUAACUCGGUGGACUUUGAUGUUGUUUUAUUCAUUAAAGUUAAGCAACGCGUAGGUGACUAUGUCCUGUUAAGACGACGUGUUACUACAUGCAUUAUUUUAGUGAAAGUCUUCAAAACAAAAAUAAAGAUUUAUUGUCAAGGGUU